AUUAACCCAAAUUUAAUCUCCCAUAUUUCGGUAAUUUUGUAUUUUUGUCGUAUUUAUAAUGCGUGAAACAUUGUAGUUAAGUUCAUAAAAUAUUUUUAUCAUUUUUAAAAGAAGUAUUCUCGUUAGAAGAAAGUAAUAGUGAUGCAACAAAUGGUAUAUUCAAACUUCCCGAAGAUAUGGUGGUAUUUCUGAACGAGUUCCAAGUUUGAAGUUGAUUUAAACGUACUGCCGUGCUGGUCAUUCUGUCGUGAAGAAUUGUGCAAAUUUUUGAGAGCAGUUCGACGUUUAUUUUGUUAAAAUGUCUAGCAAGCAUAUUUAUUACUCGGAAAAAUAUUACGAUGAUGAAUACGAGUAUAGGCAUGUAGUGCUACCUAAGGAAAUAGCAAGACAGAUUCCAAAGACACACCUAUUAUCUGAAGCAGAAUGGCGGAAGUUGGGUGUGCAACAGAGUAAAGGUUGGGUUCACUACAUGACACAUGAACCAGAACCACACAUACUACUAUUCAAGCGGAAAAUAACUACACCACCUGAAGAAAGAGUUCAAAUCAAUGGUGACCAGUAAUGGGAGAAGAUAACUCUAUGCAGCUAGCGGGUUGAACUGUUUCUUGUAAAAAUGGUACUGCUGUUGUUGUUCUGUACGCCUCGUUAUAAAGGUUUGAAGGAGGACGAGACUGAUGUUGUACAGUGGAUAGUACCUGCAGGCUAUGACUGUGUGUUUCAUUUCUUUUCGAGGUGGACUUUGUGUUUUUAUUAUGUUUCUUUAAAUUCUGUACUCACAAGUUUGUGAAAUUUAGUAGGGAUUAGUAAUUGUUGAACUCCAUAUUUGACUGGAAUGCUUUUAAUUCAAAUGAAUUAAAGUACUAGUUGCUUUUAAAGCAACUCUCUUUUGUGGGUCUAAAAAGACCAUAGUAACUGCAUGACCAUCAGUUUUGAUCAGGAAGUGUUGUGGUUCCUUUAAUCUAUGAAGAUUUUAUAAUUGUGUGUAAAGAAUGUAUAAACCAGAUCAGAUGUGGAACAACAAAUUGUGGCUCUUACAUGCCUUCACCACCUAUGGGCUGUCAGAUGUGUUGUCUGCAUGAAAAUAGUUUCAGUUGUAUUAUAAUUAUGUGCUUAACAAAUUUUAUAUUAAAAUCUGUUAUGCUGUGUUUUAAAGUACAGCAUUCUUGAAUAAUUUUAAAAUAAGAGGAUGAUAAUGAAGUGGUAAAUGUCUGUAUAUUUUUAUUGUAAAUAAAAUGAAUCUCAUCUGGAAAAUAAACUGCUUCAGUGUACCAAUUUAUUCAAGAAAUGCUGUACUUCCCUAAAAAUAUUGUUUUCUGUUCAUAGUUUUUAAUAUUCAUAGAUAAUUAUUUUGUAUCUUCUUGUGCUGUCAUAAUAAAAAAGUUGAUGGUAAACUUGACUAUGAUGUUACUGAAAUGGGAAAGAGACCAAAGACUAACUGAUUUAGUCUUUACUAUCUUAACAGAACUAAUAGAUGUAACUGACAUUUCAUGAGAUAAUGAAAAAUGUAAAAGCAGAGUUUCUUGCGUGUAUUAUGUUCACAUGUCAAUUGUAACUGUGAAAGCUAUUGCUCGUGCAUUACCUGGCAGCAUUGCCAGGCAGAUAAGUCUGUUUCCUUUCAUAUUAAACACUGACUGUAUUCAUAAUGAAAUAUAUUAACUUAUAUCUCCA